GAACGGUGCAAAUGGCUGUGCGUCGGCCAUGAUGGCUUUUAGCAGGGACCGUGUCACGCAAACAUGUUUUCAAGGUGAUAUUCCUCGUUUCGUGACUGAGUGACCGUGUUCUAGCGCGAUGGCCGGCAAAGAAUGAGGCUUUGAGCGUGUUCGGUGCCGGGUGAUACGGCCGCCGGGCCUCCGCGAGGCCGCCAACUCGGGCCUGAAGGUGUGCGUGCGCGCGAUACCCGCGGGUGAAACGCAGUGGGUUGUCAACAGACACGGGAAAGUGCGAGCGAGAGCGUAGCGGGCAAGGAUGAGCAAGCUGUCGUUUAGGGCGAGGGCGCUCGACGCCUCGAAACCGAUGCCGAUUUACAUGGCCGAGGAGCUGCCCGACCUCCCCGACUAUUCGGCGAUAAAUCGGGCCGUUCCACAGAUGCCCAGCGGCAUGGAAAAGGAAGAGGAAUGCGAACAUCACCUCCAGAGAGCCAUCUGCACAGGUCUCAUCAUUCCCACGCCAGAGGUUACCGACAUGGCAGAUGUCGAGGCAUACGACAAAAUAUACCCUGCAGAUUACAAGCUGCCGCGACAACUCAUACACAUGCAACCAUUUGCGAUGGAGCAGGACAUUCCCGACUAUGACAUGGACUCUGAGGACGAAAAGUGGGUCGGUGCUCAGAGUAGAAAGAUGGACCUAACUCCACUACAGUUUGAAGAGAUGAUGGACAGGCUGGAGAAGAGCUCGGGUCAAACCGUUGUUACGCUUAACGAGGCCAAGGCCCUUCUCAAGGAGGACGACGACCUCAUCAUUGCGGUAUUUGACUACUGGCUCAACAAACGCCUGAAAACACAACAUCCCCUGUUAUUGACGGUAAAAACAGAGCAUCGGAUUGGACUAGCCGCCAACAAUCCAUACUUGGCAUUCAGACGGCGUACAGAAAAGAUGCAGACUCGUAAAAACAGAAAGAACGAUGAAACGAGCUAUGAAAAAAUGAUAAAGCUGCGUAGGGACCUGAGUCGGGCGGUAACACUUUUGGAACUUGUUAAAAGGCGGGAAAAAACAAAACGGGAAUAUCUCCACCUCACUAUUGAAGUCUAUGAAAAGAGGUAUCAAGCGCAAGACUUCAGUGGGCAGGUACUCGCCGAGGUAUCAGCAUUAAAGGCAUCCAGGCCAGCUUUUGCACCGCUUUUCGCCAACCAGUUUGGAGUCCACCAGAACUGGGCAAAUAAAGUUUCGGGAAAGGAGGAAGUCGUACCAAGGAAAGAAAAGAGGCAAUACAAAAAACGGAAGCAUAAAGCGGACGGCAGGGGGACCGGGGGUUCCGUCGGGAGCGUCGGGGUUGCCGAUGACGGCUUGUUGCGUAAUAGCGGCGUAGCCGGACGAGGCGGAAGGAGCGGGGCGCCUGGAAGUGGGCUGGACCCGCUCGCCAGCUCCGACGACGACAGUCCGCAUCCCUGCCACUCUCAACUAUCGUUACCUUCGGACCGGGACGAAGACGACGCGGUUGACGAAGGCCAAUUCGCCUUCAGGCGCAACAAAAAUUGUACCUAUUUAUCGCCCAUACCUGGAGGCUUUGGAAACUGGCCAUGGUGCGAGCGAAGCGAGGGUGGUUCCGCAGACAAAAGGUACAGAUUUGCCCCGACCAGCAUCAGCAGACCGACGCACCUUUGCGUCGGUCUAGCGAGGCGGCGGGUCGGUCGAGGCGGGAGGAUUAUACUGGACCGUUGCACGACGAACACAGACGAUGUAUGGUCUUCCCUAGACUUCACGAUACACGAACCUAAGCGAGAAUUUCUCGACCCAACGGAGCCGGGUAAAAAGGAUUGGCUCCACUUCCGGCCGAAAACGCCACCCCCUUCCGGCGACGGGACACCAAGCGAGGAAAGCAGCGACUCCGAGUCCGAAGGAGAGACGAGACGCGACGUUCUGCCCUCGUUCCCCUUCCCACCCGAGGCAACAUCGAUAUGCAUCGACGUUGAAGCGAGCAGCAAGGCUGGAACGACCACGACGACGACGCCGACGGUGCUUGGGACAGUGGUCGACGAGCCACCGUUCACUACCGAAUUCAACAUCUCCGACUACUUUCCCAUGGAGUUUUUCUCAGACUUUGAUGUUGCGGUUUUAGGAUAUGGUGCGAGUGCCGGUUCUAGGAGCAGUGCUACAAUAGGCGGUGGUAGUGGUAACGGAAAACAGACAGACAAUAGUGAGAGCGACCAAAGGACAGAUAAUCAGCUGAUUGGCUGCUCGCGAUUUUUAAUAACACCCCUGAUCGGCAGCCUCAUGUCACAGCCGAGCCAGCAGGCCCGAUCGCAGUGUACCAGUAGUAAUAGUAGUAGUAGUAGCUGUAGUAGUAACGGUAGCGGUAGUUCUAGUAAUAAUAACAGCGGCGGCGGGACUUGUCACGUUUUGGUUACCGGCAACAAUGCCGUUCCUACGGCAACGGCAGCGUCGACAACGACGGCAGCACCAGCGACCGUCACGGUAACAACGACGGCGACCGUGAACGUCGCGUCAACGGUGCAAAAUCGUUGGACAUUAUCCAGCGGUUUGAUGAACACUAUCAGCCAAGCGACAACGUCGUCGAGCGGUACUGUCGCCGCGGAAAGUCGUGCUAAUGUUCAAACGAAUCGACACUCGAGGCACCACAGACAACCGUCGAUAAAUCAUAACAGCCCCGCUGCAGCGCCAAUAUUGUCAAAGUCGUUAACUAGUCCUACAAAUAAUCGGAGCAUCGGUGCAUCCUCGGGUAUAACGAACUUUGGGAAUGGUCAUCAAAACGGACCGACGACGGCGCUAAGUUAUCACCACAAUUCUAACUUGAAUAAUUUGCCAAACAGCACACAUCAUCCUGUCAAUAACCAAACUAGCGGCACUAUUAACGCCACAUCGAUAUCGUCGACUACGCUGCCGACCACGACAACAAUAUUAUCACAUAAUAAACAUCAGCCGCAGAGUAUUCUUGCAAGCGGUAUAGCUCAGAGCAAACUGGCGAGCAUCUCGAGACAACAGCAACAACAGCAACAGCAGCAGCAACAACACGCGCAGAAUCAAGCACAGCAAAUCCCCACACCUGGGGAAAUUACGCUUAAUAGUAAUAGGUGAGACUAGUUUAUAUCUUGUCCGUCCAUCCGCGUUAAUAUUCGUGUAACUAGCUAGCUAUCGCUACGGCGGUAAUCCGUUCGAAAAGGGGGGAAACAAGAAAAAAAAGGAAGUUUCGCGCCAGGGACAGAAAAGACGGACAGACCGACCGAUCGAGACCUCUGAACUUCGCGGCUAGUGCUGCCGUGUUUCUUGGAUGGAGGUCCACAAUAAUAAUUAUUAUUAUUUUCUGCCCUAAUUUUGUCGAGGCAGGAGAAAAACCCUGAUUGUAAAUAUACUAAGUCUUUCGUGUAUAAUAGAGAAAAAAUUUGAUAAACAAACAAAAAAAAAAUUA